AUGGCUGAGGUUAUAGUCCUCACCUGCCCAGGCGGCAAACAAAGCGCCCACUUGAUCCCUCUUCUCUACAAACAGAAUCAAUUUCGCCUUCGUCUCGCCGCUCACUCCGCAAACUCCAGAUCCCGCUUAGGAUCCAUGUACCCACAAGCGGAGGUUAUUCAAGCAGACCUCUCCUCUCUUACAGACUGCCAACGUCUACUUUGCGGCGCCACCGCAGUCUACCACAUUGGACCGUCCUUUCACUCUCGCGAAAUGGAAAUGGGAAUGAACCUAAUUGACGCCGCGGUCGAAGAGACCCGCAAACAACACAGCGAAUUCAAGCAUUUUGUUUUCUCAAGCGUAUUGAGCACUCAGCAUCGAAACCUUAUGCAGCACGAUCUGAAAUGCCGUGUCGAAGAGCGACUGUUGCUUAGUCCGUUAAAUUUUACCAUUCUCCAGCCCACAAAUUUCUUAGCUGGAUAUCCAGUCAAAUUCCUCGAUGAGCAGGAAUCUCCCGUGUUCGAGAGGCUUUGGAAUGCCGAUAUUCCGAAUAGUCUGAUUGCGCUGGAAGAUCUGGCCAAGGCAGCAGCGACGGUCCUCAUUGAGAGGGAGAAGCAUUAUUUUGCGCAAUAUCCUCUUUGUUCAACCUUGCCUACCUCUGACGCAGAGGUCGUUGAAGUUAUUGAGAAGGUUAUUGGGAAGAAGAUUCAAACUUACACGCCGACCUUUGAGCAGGGCGUGGAGAACACACUAAAAUUUUUGUUUGGGAGUGGAAGUGACUUGCGUGGACUGGCUGCGGAGGGUGAUCUCAGACCUGAUAUUACUCGGGAUGAGGCAGAAAGAUUGGUGCUUUUCUAUAAUCGACGUGGGUUAAGGGGAAACCCCACUGUACUGAGGUGGCUGAUACAGAGGGAGCCUAUUACUGUGGAAGAUUGGGUCAAAAGCCAAAUGGCAUGA